AUGUUGAAACGGAAGCAAAGUUCAAGAGUAGAGAGUCAGCCUGUUACAGACUUUGGACCUGAUGAGAUGCUUACAGACAAUGCUGAUAUUUUGUGGAUCAAUAAGCCGUGGGUUCACUCUUUGCUACGAGUUUGUGCCAUCAUCAGCGUUAUUUCCGUCUGCAUGAACACUCCCAAGACCUUUCAGCACUACCCACCUCUUCAGUAUGUGACGUUUGCCUUGGACACGCUCCUGAUGUUUCUGUACACUUCCGAGAUGAUUGCAAAGAUGCACAUUCGUGGCAUAGUCAAGGGUGACAAUUCGUAUGUGAAAGACCGAUGGUGUGUGUUUGAUGGGUUCAUGGUCUUCUGUCUCUGGGUGUCUCUUGUAUUACAGGUCUUUGAAGUAGCUCAGAUAGUUGACCAGAUGUCACCUUUAAGCAUGCUGCGGAUCCCACGACCACUCAUCAUGAUUCGAGCAUUCCGAAUCUAUUUUCGGUUUGAGCUUCCACGCACACGGAUUACAAACAUCCUGAAGCGGUCAGGAGAACAGAUUUGGAGUGUGUCCAUUUUCCUGCUGUUCUUUCUGCUGUUGUAUGGAAUUUUGGGAGUUCAGAUGUUUGGCACGUUCACCUACCAUUGUGUUACCAAUGAUACACAGCCAGGCAAUGUGACCUGGAAUAACUUGGCUAUCCCAGACACCCACUGCUCACCAGAUGGAGAGGGAUACCAGUGCCCGCUGGGAUUUAAAUGCAUGGACCUUGAAGACCUUGGACUUACCAGACAAGAGCUGGGCUACAGUGGAUUUAAUGAGUUAGGCACCAGUAUCUUCACUGUUUAUGAAGCUGCCUCACAGGAAGGCUGGGUGUUCUUCAUGUAUCGGGCAAUUGACAGCUUUCCACGAUGGCGUUCAUACUUCUACUUCAUCACUUUGAUCUUCUUCCUGGCCUGGCUAGUUAAGAAUGUAUUCAUUGCAGUUAUCAUAGAGACGUUUGCAGAAAUCAGAGUACAGUUUCAGCAGAUGUGGGGACCACGAAGCAGUACCACCUCCACAGCCACUACACAGAUGUUCCAUGAAGAUGCAGCUGGUGGAUGGCAGCUGGUAGCAGUAGACAUGAAUAAGCCCCAAGGUAGAGCCCCAGCGUGCUUGCAGAAAAUGAUGCAAUCUUCCAUUUUCCACAUGUUCGUUCUGAGUAUGGUUGCUGUUGAUGUCACUGUGGCUGCCAGCAAUUACUACAAGGGAGAGAAUUCCAGGAGUCAGUAUGAUCUGUUUUAUCUGGCAGAGGUUGCUUUCACAAUCUUGUUUGACCUGGAGGCUCUUGUGAAAAUCUGGUGCUUGGGAUUCACUGGUUACAUUAGUUCCUCCCUUCACAAGUUUGAACUACUGCUGGUGGUGGGGACAACUCUGCACAUUUAUCCAGACCUCUACCACUCGCAGUUUACAUACUUUCAGGUGCUGAGGGUUGUCAGACUGAUUAAAAUCUCACCAGCACUGGAAGACUUUGUCUACAAAAUAUUUGGGCCUGGAAAAAAGCUUGGCAGUUUGGUGGUCUUCACAGCCAGUCUUUUGAUUGUGAUGUCUUCCAUUAGCCUUCAGAUGUUCUGUUUUGUGGAGGAACUCGACAGAUUUACAACAUUUCCCAGGGCUUUUAUGUCCAUGUUCCAGAUUAUUACACAGGAAGGAUGGGUUGACGUAAUGGAUCAAACUUUGAUCGCCGUAGGACAUGUAUGGGCACCAGUAGUCGCCAUUUAUUUCAUCUUGUACCACCUAUUUGCAACAUUGAUUCUGCUGAGUCUAUUUGUUGCUGUUAUUCUGGACAAUCUGGAGUUGGAUGAAGAUCUGAAGAAACUGAAACAGCUUAAACAGAGUGAAGCCAAUGCUGACACCAAAGAAAAGCUUCCACUUCGAUUACGGAUCUUUGAAAAGUUCCCGAACAGACCGCAGAUGGUGAAGAUAUCGAAAUUGCCAUCAGAUUUUUCAGUUCCCAGAAUAAGAGAAAGUUUUAUGAAGCAGUUCAUUGAUCGUCAACAGCAAGACACAAGUUGUUUGCUCCGUAGGUUGCCUUCAGCUUCAUCGUCAUGUGACCAUUCCAAACGGUCUUGUAUCGAAGAUAACAAGUAUAUAGAUCAGAAGUUGCGAAGAUCCGUCUCCAGCAUCUGUGCCCGGAAUCUUCUUGAAAAGGAAAAUGCAGUAAAUAAAAUCCUCAGGGCCUGUACUCGGCAGCGAAUGUUGAGUGGAUCCUUUGAAGGACAGCCUGCAAAAGAGCGCUCUAUUCUAAGCGUCCAGCACCAUAUCCGUCAGGAACGCAGGUCCCUCCGACACGGUUCAAGCAGUCAGAGAAUCAGCAGAGGGAAAUCAUUGGAAACACUGACACAAGAUCAUUCCAGCACAGUACGCUAUCGAAAUGCUCAAAGGGAAGACAGUGAAAUAAAGAUGAUUCAGGAAAAAAAGGAACAAGCUGAAAUGAAACGCAAGGUUCAAGAAGAGGAGUUACGUGAAAAUCAUCCUUAUUUUGACAAGCCUCUCUUUAUAGUUGGCCGCGAGCACAAAUUUAGAACGUUCUGCCGCCUGGUCGUGAGGGCUCGAUUCAAUGCAUCCAAGACUGAUCCAAUUACAGGAGCAGUAAAAAAUACCAAGUAUCAUCAAUUGUAUGAUUUACUUGGAUUGGUCACGUAUCUCGACUGGGUGAUGAUUGUCGUUACAAUCUGCUCAUGUAUAUCCAUGAUGUUUGAAACGCCUUUUACAACAGUUAUGCACACACCUACUCUGCAGAUAGCUGAGUACGCCUUUGUAAUUUUCAUGAGCAUUGAACUGAAUCUAAAGAUCUUGGCAGACGGCCUAUUCUUCACACCUACUGCUGUCAUAAGGGAUUUCGGAGGAGUGAUGGACAUCUUUAUUUACCUUCAAAGUUUGAUCUUUCUGUGGUGGAUGCCACAUAAUGUUCCUGCCAAGUCUGGAGCGCAGCUCCUGAUGAUGCUUCGGUGCCUGAGACCACUCCGUAUAUUUAAAUUAGUCCCGCAGAUGAGGAAAGUUCUCCGGGAAUUAUUCAGUGGUUUCAAAGAGAUAUUUCUGGUUUCAAUCCUUUUGCUGACACUAAUGCUGGUUUUCGCAAGCUUUGGUGUGCAGCUUUUUGCUGGAAAACUUGCAAAGUGCAAUGACCCACACAUCACUCGACGGGAGCUUUGUCAUGGCAUGUUCAGGAUCAAUGUCAGCGUCUCAAAGGAUCUCAACUUGAAGUUAAAGGCGGGUGAGAAAAAGCCAGGCUUUUGGGUGCCUAGAGUUUGGGCCAACCCACGUAAUUUCAAUUUUGACAAUGUUGGAAGUGCAUUGCUGGCUUUAUUUGAAGUGCUGUCAUUAAAAGGCUGGGUGGAGGUUAGGGACGUCAUCAUUCACCGAGUGGGCCCAAUUCAUGGCAUCUACAUCCAUGUCUUUGUGUUCCUCGGCUGCAUGAUUGGACUGACGCUCUUCGUUGGAGUCGUCAUUGCUAAUUUCAAUGAAAACAAGGGCACUGCCUUACUGACUGUAGACCAGAGGAGGUGGGAGGAUUUGAAAAGCCGGUUAAAGAUUGCCCAACCACUGCAUCUUGCAGCUCGUCCUGACAAUGGUGGCUUCCGAGCUAAAAUGUAUGAUAUAACCCAACACCCAUUCUUCAAGAGAAGUAUCGCAGUCCUUGUCCUUGCCCAGUCUGUGCUGCUUUCAUUGAAGUGGGACGUUGACAAUCCUGUUACAGUUCCUCUGGCGACAAUGUCUGUCAUUUUCACCUUUAUUUUUGUCCUUGAGGUGACGAUGAAGAUCACAGCCAUGUCACCAUCAGGUUUCUGGCAAAGUAGACGGAAUCGUUAUGACCUGUUAGUGACAUCACUUGGUGUAAUAUGGGUUGUGUUACACUUUGCUUUACUUAAUGAAUAUACAUACGUGAUGGGAGCCUGUGUAAUUGUGUUCAGGUUCUUUUCCAUUUGUGGAAAGCAUGUGACAUUGAAGAUGUUGUUACUGACAGUGGUUGUCAGUAUGUAUAAGAGCUUUUUUAUUAUAGUGGGAAUGUUCCUGCUGCUUAUCUGUUACGCUUUUGCCGGAGUUGUUUUGUUUGGAACUGUGAAAUACGGAGAGAACAUCAACAGACAUGCAAAUUUCUCCUCUGCUGGGAAAGCCAUCACAGUUUUAUUCCGCAUUGUUACAGGGGAAGACUGGAAUAAGAUUAUGCAUGACUGCAUGGUUCAGCCACCUUUCUGUACUCCUGACGAUGAGAAUUACUGGGAGACAGAUUGUGGAAACUACGCUGGAGCUCUGAUGUAUUUCUGUUCCUUUUAUGUCAUCAUUGCCUAUAUCAUGUUAAAUCUACUUGUUGCUAUCAUUGUAGAAAAUUUUUCAUUGUUUUAUUCAACUGAAGAGGAUCAACUGCUGAGCUACAAUGAUCUUCGACAUUUCCAAAUAAUUUGGAAUAUGGUAGAUGACAAAAGAGAGGGAGCAAUCCCAACCUCCCGUGUGAAGUUCUUACUGCGUCUGUUACGUGGGAGACUGGAGGUUGACUUGGAGAAAGACAAGCUGCUUUUCAAGCACAUGUGUUAUGAGAUGGAGAGGCUGCACAAUGGAGGAGACGUCACAUUUCAUGACGUGCUGAGCAUGCUGUCAUACAGAUCAGUGGACAUCAGGAAAAGCCUUCAGCUUGAAGAACUGUUAGCAAGAGAGCAGCUUGAAUACACGAUAGAAGAAGAGGUAGCAAAACAAACGAUACGAAUGUGGCUGAAGAAAUGUUUGAAACGCAUUAGAGCAAAACAGCAACAAUCCUGUAGCAUCAUCCACAGUCUGCGAGAGAGUCAACAGCAGGAGUUAAGCAGGUUCCUUAUUCCCCCCAGCAUUGAGACAACUCAAGCCAGUGAAGAAAUGCUCGCCAGUAAUCAAGAUAAUGAAGCUGCUCCUGAGUCCAGUAGUCAACAGCAGCUGCUCAGCCCAACACACUCAGACAGAGGUGGUUAUCGAUCCGACUCCGCCGAUAUCGGAAAGCCGCAAAGAAAAUUUGGUCAGUGGCGUCUUCCAUCAGCUCCGAAACCCAUCAGCCACUCCGUGUCGACGGUGAAUCUGCGAUUCGGAGGUCGUACAGCCAUUAAAUCGGUUAUGUGUAAAAUCAACACGAUGUCGGAUGCUGCCUGUUCUGGUUCAGAUGUUAAGAAAUGGUGGACCCGACAACUCACUGUGGAAAGUGACGAGAGUGCGGACGACCUCUUGGAUAUAUAA